CAAGCGCUCAAAGAUGAUCGGCAUCUGCAACGUUAUAUGGUGAAAUAUUUGAAUAGAGUUGGUCGACAAGAUGAUGCAAUACGAUGGGUAGUUUAUUGUAAAAUGGAUAAACGUGAUGUGCCGUAUUCAGUUCAGGAAUUGUUAACAGAGACGAAAAUUCGUGAAGCUGAAGAUAAAAUAUCAAAGAUGAGGAAAUGCUCACGAGAUCCGGUAAGCGUAAAUCUGUUCGAGAAUCAUCCCGUUUUGAUGGUCGAUACGGUCGCUGGCUUGUUAGAACUUAUUCCGGUACUUGACCAGGCGACAAUCGUGGGUAUCGACUCUGAGUGGAAACCAAUGUUCAUGUCAACAGUUGAGAAGGUAGCACUAUUGCAAAUCUCAAUUCAUACGUGCAGUUAUCUGGUGGAUGUGAUAAAACUGGAGCAAGAGGUGUCACAAGAACAGUGGACAGAAUUCUUUGAGGCGUUGUUUUGUAGGGAAUCGAAUAUUAAAUUAGGUUUCGAUUUUGCGAACGAUAUGCGUGUACUGAAGACGUCGUUCCCGUUCCUGGAAUCAAUGCAGCCAAAUAUGAAGAAUGUGAUCUGUGUUAUGAAGCUUGCAAUAAGUUUGAUGUCCGAGAAUCCAACAUUACUGAGUCUACCGGAAGGUAUAUUGAUGCAUUUUUUCAAUUUUUGCUUUUUUGUAGUUUUUAUAUUCCUGCUGAGUGCUAUAUUCAUCAGUCAUUCUUGUAUGAUGUUACUCAAAACCGUAUGGUAA